AUGAACAUUGUAAAGACUCUGAGAAGCCUCAUCCCCGGUGACGGGAUUGGAAGGGAAGUCAUCCCGGCUGGUCGCAAACUCCUUGAAUCCUUACCUGCGUCUCUGGGUUUAAACUUCUCCUUUGUCGACCUCGAGGCGGGCUAUAAUACCUUCAAGAAGACGGGGACCGCCCUCCCUGAUAAAACCGUCGAGAUCCUCAAGAAGGAAUGUGACGGUGCGCUGUUCGGGGCUGUCAGGUAG